AUAUUGUUGACGUUCUCUUUACUCAUAACUUUGGAGGAAAGAUACCCGGGCUAUGGAGGUUCCAUGGAAGAAACUGCACGCAGGGCCAUCUGCAGAGGACACAACAUACUGCCAGCCCUGUGAACAAGAUGACGAAAUCUUCCCUGCUGAGGUUUACUGUACCGUCUGCAAAGAGUUUUUCUGCUCUAAAUGCGCAAGUCUCCAUAGGAAACAGAAAAUGUCCAGAUCUCCCUUUCUUCUUGACAAAUCAAAUAUGCCUACAUCUAUCGGUGGCCUGGAAAUUGAAUAUGAAUGCACUGUGCCUUGUGAUAUCCAUCCAGAAGAGUCUAUCAAAUAUUUGUGCAGUACCCAUCAGACCUUGAUUUGUGGACACUGUGCAGUACAGAACCAUCGUUCGUGUCAUGCUGAUGUCAUAUCAGAUAUAUCGAAUGCCUUCAAAGAUGGUCAAGAGUAUGGGGAUGUCAUAAAAACAAUUGCCAGGUUAUUUGAAGACAUUGAUUUAUGUGCGUCUUAUGUGGAGAAAAACGUUAAUGCUGUAGCAAAGUUAGGUGUAAAUGCAGUGUACAAGCUGAGAAGAUAUCGAGAGGAAGUUAACAAGUGUUUUGAUGAAAGAGAACAAGCACUGUUAAAGCUUAUAGAACAGACGAAAAGCAUGUAUGAAGAACGACUAGAGUCUCUGAAACCGAAAUAUACAAACCUUAAGUCCAAGCUACAAGAAAUUAAUGUUAAACUUGGAGCACAGGAAAAUAACAUGAUACAGUUGUUUAUUGAGACCAAAACAGCUAGGAAGCUAUUAGAGGGUCUGCAGAAUGACCUUGCUGACAUUAAAAGGGAAAACGUAUUUCACCACUACGAAUUCAGAAAGGAUCAAACCACAGAGCGCCUUAUUGCAUCUGGCACAGGUCUUGGUACUUUAGAAAACAUUCUGACUGAACCGCACAAGAUAGCAUCCGCAUCAGCAGAGAGGGACCACAGCAAAAUAGAACUUAGAGUUCAGGGGGAUGGCCCAAGGGAAAACAUGACAAUUUCCGAACCUACAGUGAGGAAGGCCAUUCGGGAUUUGACAAAACUACGCUUAACACCAGCUGUGGACAUCCCAGUCAGUUCUCCAACUGACGACGUGAUCUGUCACCUGUCAGGCAUUCUCCACCUUGCUGGGUCCAGACUGCUGCUAGCUGACUUUCAUAACAAAAAUGUCAAGUUGGUGGACAUGCAGACCAACAACCUGGUGUCCCAGAUCAGUCUACCAGGUUGUCCGUGGGACAUAUGUCUUCUACCCGGGGACAGCGUUGCUGUUACUUUGGCCACUAACGGUAUUCAGUUCCUGGAGACUGGAGGACAACUCGCUCUUGGCGACCAUAUCGAAUUGGAUGGUGAGUGUCGAGGUAUUGCUUACCAUGAAGAGAGUUUGAUAGUGUCCUUCUAUAAUGAAAAGGUAAAGGUACUGGACAUGAAUGGGCAUGUUAUAAGACAAUUAGAAAGGGAUAUCAGUGGAAAGGAACUGUUCAAAUGUGCUGCUUACUUAACAGUGAUGUGUGAAGGUCCGACUGCUUUCAUCUACGUAUCAGAUAGGAUCAGGAACACAGUCACAAAACUUGACAUGAACCUGAACAUCAUCAAGACCUUCCAGGACCCUGCAUUGAAAAGCCCAACAAGCAUCUCGGCACUCGGGGACCAACUAUUAGUAUGUGGUUAUGGAAGUAACGCCAUUAUGAUACUUGAUUUGUCCACUGGUCAAAUGACACAACUGAUCGGGAAGAAGGAGGGGAUACGAAAUCCAAUGUUUGCCUACUACUCUCGGCAACAGAGCAAACUUCUUGUUACGGAAUUCUUGAACAAUAAAAUAAAGGUGUACAAUAUAAUCGAAUAAUGCAGCCAAUGGGGUGAAAUAGUUCGAAACAUCAACUUAACGUUUACUUACCAUUCGCAUUCUAGCUGUGGCAUUCUAAUGAGAAUGUUACGUGAACCACUAUAGGAAACGAUUUUUCAAGAUGUUAUUUGUAUAGAACACAUACUCGUUAUAGUCCUUAGUAAAGAACAUGUACUCAAUAGGAUUUAAUGAUUUUGCUUUAUUCGCAUUCAAAGUGCGUACAAAUCCAAAGAUAUUUUUAUAUUUCAUCGUAAAAAUAGCAUAACUUUUCUGCCAGAAAGAAUAUUACUUGAUGUGUAAUAUACGUACAUUUAUUUAAGUUGCAAUUACCUAUCUGUAUUAUCAGUUUAUUGUUUUAUUAUUCUAAUUUGGGUUGGAAGCCAUUGCGUGGGUUUAUCAUCUGUUCAAUUAUCCAAAGAUGAACCAUUACAUUCAAUAUAUGAUAAUGUAUCA